AUGUGGCAAUCGCGGAACGCCGCACCUCGGGUGGAAGUUCCCCGCCCAGUGCAGCUGGGGUCUCUGAAGUCGGAGAACGAGGGUCAGGAUCCUGGCAUUCGCCUGGUUCCUGCCGGGGGAGGCGGUUGGGGACGGCCAAAGGAGGAUGUGGAAGAACCGGAGUCUCAGCCGACGAACCCGCGUGUUGGGCUGACCUCCCAGCCUGCACAGCUGCGGCCCACCGCAUGGGGAAGGACAUCGAUCUCCGCACAAGCAGGACCAAGGCCGGCACCGUGGGCUCAGCCAGCACCUGGCACAGCUUGGCAAGAGCCGGUGGAGAAGAAGCAGGAAGAGUUUCCGUCCUUGGGAUCCGAGCCGAAGGGGCGCAGGAACUCCGGAUCUGGGUCACUGUCAUUGGGAUUGGGAGCGUCUUCAUCUUGCAACAUCGCUCGGCCGAUUGGAGCUCCAGUACCCGCCCCAGAGAAGCGUCCUGUUCUGCCUCCUCCACCAGCACCUUCGCCCCCGCCUGCUGCUGAACGACGCGCAAAGGAUGAGGACAGCGAUAAGGCCGUGGAAAAGCGCUCGCCAGCCCCUUCGCAGCCUGCACCGGCAAAGGCUUCGGCCGAGCGCCCACGCACUACUAGCGAAGACAGCGACAAGAUGUGUCAGCCACUUUUGCGGCCGUCAUUCUGUCGAAGACUUGCCUUGUCCAAUCGUCCAAGCCAUGUUCGGACGAUGCUGGGCAACUCUUCGGAAUCUCCGUGUCGCUGUCCAGCCUCUGGCGCGGACACAGGCGUCUUCAUUUGGUCGCUUUUCCACGCUCACGGCCUUGCCGGCCUUGCCCGGACCCCAACGGUCAACGAAGGCGCGGAAGUGCGAAACUCAGCUCGUAACUUGCAGCCGGAGCGCUUCCUCUCUUCGCCAUUCGUCGUGAGACCGCCACUUCCCGUCGGCACGCUCCUGCAGCGCCGGGAAGUGACAACGAAGAUCCGUGGACGAUUCAAGGUGAACAAGCAUCGGUAUUUGAAGAAUGUCAAGCGAGUUCGGUAUAUCUCUGCCAUCCCGCAAUACACAGGCCGCAGACAGCCGCUAGCGUCUUCGCGUUUUGAUGAUAUUUCCUGCAGGCCCUCUUGGAAGGCAGACGAAGAAGCGGGCAAUCAUAAAGGACUACAGAAAGACGACCGGUGCCCAGUCAUCCGAGGUGGUUCGCUUGAGACAGCUAUGCUUCAAAGCUUGAUUGAUGCGGAACCGGUCGUAUCUGAAAAGGAGUUCAUGAAGACCUUGGCGGACAAGCGCCGUGCAGAAAAGAAAGACGAGGAGGAGGCGGGCUGUGACCUUGCUUCAUGA